AUGAACGAUUCGGACUCCGAUGAUUGCGAGAAAGAACACCUCAGGAAAGAAAAUGAAGAAUUGAAAAGAGAAUUAAAAGCAUCAACAUUACAUCUAGCCACAUUGGCGCACAAAGAAUACCAGGUACCCGAUGGAUCGAUUAGAGAAGACUAUCAGAGAAUAUGUCGAGCGUUUGAGACAUGGAUUGAUUACGCAUCCUCUGACGGGCCUGGCGACUUCAAAACUAAGUUCAGAGAUGCUCUCAAGUCUGAGGAAAAGACUUAUACGUUGAGAGCUAUUGGUAUUGAAUACCAACCUCCAGCGGCCUCGGACCCUAAAUUAGAUUGCCUGAAGAGUUCAGAUAUGCUUCAUUACCUCAUUCUAUCACUCUUGAUUGGCAAAUACGUCUUCUAUGCAAUCCUGAAGAGGCAAUAUCCACUUGGCGUUACCGAAUCUCAAGAAGAUACGUUGCUUGGUAUUGAAAAAGAGAUGGUUAGGAUGGGAAAAGCAAAAUCAAAGAUCAGCCAGUGGAAAGCAGAUUCGUUGGCUGCAUUAUGUGCUUCCAGAGAGUACAAAGAUGAACAGUCUAAACUUCUCUCUCGUCUACAAAAUGCUCUCGAGAGAGACUUAUCGUUCUGGUUUGACUUUGGCCCUUCUUCAAGAUCAAAAUCUCGACUUCGAACCGAAAUUCUAGAACCUUCUGUCAAACUCCAUUUGGAGAUGCAAUGUUCAACUCAAAAUUAUGAGUUUGUCGACGAGACAUACUUCCAGUCCAGACGUAACUCUAGCAACGGAGAAUAUUCACUUGAUGUUGUGAAGGAGAUUUCGACGUGGAAAACAAUAACUAGUGACGGCACCGAAGAUGUUUUUCAGUGUGUCUACCCUGGCUUGGUGGUGCACAGCAUGGAAACUGAAGAUGUAUCAGAGCUGGUAGGACCCAUUAUGGCUGUCUACAAGAAAACUUUCGGGCAACACGCAAAACGAUCAACUACAUCCUCUUCUGUGAAAUCCUCUUCGCGCGGGGACAACCUUCCGAAAGAAACGCGAGAACCCAAACAGCAGAAAACGACAACCAGCGCAUUGAGUGGUUUUGCAAAUUCCUUAUUUAGAGGUAGUGGCCGAAAAUCAGGAGACGACCGACAACCCCCUGAACAAUCAAUAUGGCGUCGACGUGCGUCUCGUGAUACAGGAUCGAAACAUUCUCAGCAUUCUUCCUCGAGCUAUGAUGAGGCUAUGAGCUAUACGAAUUCCAGUCAGCCUUUACAAGGCUGGCCUGCACGUGGCUCUCCGACUAAAUACAGCCGUAUUCUGACUCCUGAGCCACGCGCCAAGGAUGAAGCAAUUUCACAACCUGAGGGUUAUGAAGUCGUAGAAUAUACUGCAACUCCCCAACAGCCUUAUGGUUAUUAUCAAGGUCGACCCAGUGUUUCAGAUGGAACAUAA